GAACAACAUGAUUGUAUCUAGAACUCAGGCAAUAUUUAGUCAGUUUAGCUGUCAAAGAAAAACUAAGAACCAAACUCUGAUGUCCUGGUGGACAAUAAGCCUAUGAUACCAUAUUUUGUGACUACAAGAUUUCAGGUUUAUAUCCUGUUGGAGAACUUUGAGUGUCAUCCUCUUGUUUCUCUCUGUUGUCUAUUGUGAACUGCCGCUUGCAGCUUUGAUAACAUUUUUAUGUUGUAUUACUUUAAUCAACUCAUGAACAGUUUCACUGUAACGCUUCAGAUCCUGCAGCUCCACAUGUGUGUGUUCAGGCAUUGAUAGAACGGUUAAUCGCAUUCACAGACAAACAGAUCAGUUGGAAAAUGCAAUUUAUGUUCCAUUCAUGGAAAAGGGGGUAAGGAUAGUGUUUCAAUACAAGCUAGCUUUGAGCAGCAAUAGCGUUUUUUGCACACAAUGUGUGUAUUGAUGGAAAAAUCUUAUCACAUCUCGCCCACAAGAAUCUAUACAAUUAUAUUACAGCGCAAGUAAAAUCAUAAUCUUUGACAUCAGUAUUUAUAACAUUAAUGUUUAUUAAUGGUGUGGGAGAUUCCGGUGGAGAUCUUGUUUGACCGUUCUGUGAUGAAACUGCCCUGACAUUCAUGGACAUGAUAGUCUGUGCACAGCUGUGUUCCCCCACCUAGCCCUUAUUCCCUACAACUUAUUUUGAUAUAUAAUAUAUCUGGGAGGAGCCAGGCAGAAAUCAAGGACGUAUGAACUGACUGAUGCUUGUUAAAUGCAGUGAUAACAUUAUUUUUAUUUCUGUGAUGUCUUCCAGUGGUGCUUCUAGCUGACAAUGCGACAGCCUGAGGGGUUGACAGAACAUCAGAUCUCGCUUUCACUCUCCAUCAAAGGAGCCUCCUUUUUGCACAAAACACACAAACAACAAGUUAACUCUAUGAGGAUUUAAAAGGACAAGAUCGUUUGAGAUUGUUAGAAAUAUUGGUUGGGACAAUUCAGCUAGAGUUAAACAAUGGUAGGUCCAAAUCAAAAUCUAUGGUAGUAGUAGUAGUAGUUAUACCUUUAAUAAAUACACAGAGAAUUUGUCUGAAAAGUGUUGAAUGUUAGACAAAUCUAAAUUACAGGCUUUUAGUAUGCCUUCGGCUAUAGCAGAUAAUCACAAGCUUUUAGUGCAGAUGCUAGUUUUGGUGCCAAGAUAAAUAAUUUACUUGUGAGAUUAUUUUCUGGCCUCUGCAGUGCAGACAGGGUUGCUGAUAGGGCCCUUUUGUGCCAUGUGACGAAAGGGAGGGAGUAGAAAGCCAUAUUAACUCUUCCACCAACUACUUUAAAAACAGUCCAGAAGCCACUCUGCUUGACAUCAGACCAUCACCAAGCGUUAUCAUGAGCAGUGUAGUCCAGAACCCCUACAUUGGCCGAACGCCAGCCAGUCGGAUGCCCAAGCCUGGGGGCAGUGGAGGGGUGCCACCUGGGAGUCGAGACAGCAGUGGGAUAUGUCGAAGCAGUAGCAUCAGCAGUGCAAGUGGCGGAUCUGGAGGCAAGAUAAUGUCACUGUCAUCCAUGAAUGAGAGUGUACACAGUGGCCUGAGUUGUUUCUUGUCAGAGCAAGCACUGGAGCAGGAAGAAAAGCAGCAGCGCAGUAGCCAGUUAGCAGAGUUUCAGCGUCUGAGAGAGGUCCGCGCAGCUGCUCAGCUCAAAAAUCUGGAGGAUUUCCUUAGGAUGAACCAUGUUUCACUCAGAGACAGCAUGUCUUAUGCCACUGGCAUGAUCUACAGAAAUCUGGGCAAAUCAGGUCUGAGAGUGUCCUGUCUGGGAUUAGGCACCUGGGUGACAUUUGGAGGCCAGAUAACAGAUGAGGUGGCAGAGGAGCUGAUGACUUUGGCAUAUGAGAAUGGAAUCAAUCUGUUUGACACAGCUGAAGUGUAUACAGCUGGAAGGGCUGAAGUUGUCUUGGGAAGAAUCAUAAAGAAGAAAGGAUGGAGGCGUUCCAGUUUAGUCAUCACCACCAAAAUCUUCUGGGGUGGAAAAGCAGAAAUGGAAAGAGGGUUGUCUAGAAAACAUAUAAUUGAAGGUCUAAGAGCAUCACUAGAGAGGCUUCAGCUGGAGUACAUAGACGUGGUUUUUGCAAAUCGACCAGAUCCUAAUACACCUAUAGAAGAGACGGUGAGGGCAAUGACCCAUGUGAUCAACCAGGGGAUGGCCAUGUAUUGGGGGACAUCAAGAUGGACCUCCAUGGAGAUAAUGGAAGCAUACUCAGUGGCAAGACAGUUCAACCAGAUCCCACCCAUCUGCGAACAGGCAGAGUACCACAUGUUCCAGAGGGAGAAAGUUGAAGUGCAACUCCCUGAUCUCUUCCACAAGAUAGGCAUUGGAGCAAUGACAUGGUCUCCACUGGCCUGUGGAAUCAUCUCAGGGAAGUAUAACAGUGGGAUCCCCCCUUAUUCACGUGCCUCACUUAAGGGCUAUCAGUGGAUGAAGGACAAGAUCCUGAGUGAGGAGGGGCACCGUCAGCAGCUGAAGCUAAAAGAGUUGCAGGCAGUUGCUGAGCGACUAGGCUGCACUCUGCCCCAGCUGGCUAUCGCCUGGUGCUUGAGGAACGAAGGUGUGAACUCUGUCCUCCUGGGAGCUUCCAGAACCGAGCAGCUGAUGGAGAAUAUCAGAGCAAUACAGGUUCUUCCGAAGUUAUCACUUUCCAUUGCAUCUGAGGUGGAUACCAUCUUGGGAAACAAGCCCUAUAGUAAAAAGGACUUCAGAUCCUAGGUGCAACAGUAAUGAACUCUCAAACUAUACUCUGUUUCUGAAAAAGCUGCCUGAAUGAGAGACAGCAACACACAAGGACAAUAUAUAACCAUAUUAGAGUCCAACAAACAGCAAAUAAUCUGGGAUCUGUUUCCGAAAGACAAAACAAACAAAGAAAACGCGCCAUUACUCAUUUUAUCAGUCUACUUUUUUGAUCACAUUUGCACUUAUUGCCACUUACAUAAUGUGAAGUUAUCAUGUUCUAGUAGUUGGAACUAUAACUAGUCCCUACUGCUCUAAUGAGAUGAGCCAUCGAAGAACUAAAGAAACAAGCUUGUUGAGUAAGGUGCAGCUUGGUGUACCUGACCAGUAUUCUUUACUGUCUUCACUGUCUUUGUAAGUAACUUACAAACUGUUUUUGUUGCAUUUGUGUGCAUUUAAACCCAUAUUGCACAAGACCUGUAAACCUACAGAGCACAAAACAUUAUGCUGUGAUGCAUUUGCCUUUUCAGUGUAAUAACAGGAAUGCUUAACACUAUAAAUACUGGUAAGUGUAUUUGUAUGUAAUUUGAAUGAAUAUUUCCAAUGCCUUGUAUUAGUUUAGGUAUUUGAUUGGUGUUACAUUAAUUUAGUCUUGUUUAAGUCAGUUAAAGUUUAGCCUAACUGAAGUUUUACUUUUUAAUAAAAUAUUUACUGUGA